AUGAUCGCGCAAAGGGUGGGAUUGUCGGCUCUCCGACGAGGAGGUGCGAUCCGACCUAACGUCUCUUUUGCGCAAAACAUGCCCAAGGUUGCUGUCGCCGCCGGUCUCUCCACUUCGACUCCUUCUCGCGCAAGCUCCGCCCCAUCUCCCCCAUCUCCAGAUCUACCGCCCCGAGCAGACCUGGUUCGGCGCCUCUAUCUGGACCCGUAUCACCGGAGGUGCCUCGCCGGCGCGCUCUACGGCUACAGCAUCGUCUACCUCGCUUCUCCCCUCCUCGGCUGGCAUAUUGAGUCUUCCGCCCUCGUCGAGGCCUUCGCUGGCCUCGGCGCCUUCAGCAAGGGUGCCAUCAAGUCCGUCGUUGCCUGGCCCUUCGUGUACCAUCUCUUCAACGGCAUCAGGCAUCUUACCUACGACAUGGCCUGGGGCUUCUCCAAGCCCGUCAUCUCUAAGGUGGCCACCGCCAUCACCGCCACCUCCACCGUCGUUGCUCUCGGCCUCGGAUUCUUGUGGUAG